AUGAAUAUGACUAAUGACCCUUUACCAAUUGCAACUUCUUAUGUUAAUGACAAAACUAAGUUUUUAAAAACAGGUACAACUAUUUGUGGAUUAGUUUGCGACAAAGGACAAACCGUUGUAUUGGCGUGUGAUUCACGUGCAACUGUUGGACCAAUUGUAGCAGAUAAGGCUUGCAUGAAAUUACAUAAAUUAGCACCAAAUAUUUAUUGUGGUGGAGCAGGUACUGCCGCUGAUUUAACUCAUGCAACAAACUUCAUUGCCACAAAACUUGGGGUUCAUCGAUUUACUAUUGGACAAAUGCCAAGAGUUGACACUGCGGUUACUAUGCUUAAAAGACAUUUGUUUCCUUAUGGAGGACAUAUUGGUGCCUAUCUUGUUGUUGGAGGAUAUGACUAUACUGGAGCUCAUCUUUGGGGGGUUUAUGCCGACGGUUCAACUAGUCAACAUAACUACUAUUCACUUGGAAGUGGUAGUAUUGCUGCAACAACAAUGUUAGAUGAUCAAUGGAAUGAAAACUUAACGAGAGAAGAAGGUGUUAAAUUAGCAACACAGGCUAUCCUUGCAGGUAUUUUUAAUGAUAUGGGUUCUGGAGGAAGAGUCAAUGUAUGUGUAAUAGAUAAGAAUGGAGUAGAAGAAAAAUUAAAUAUUGAACAUCCAAAUGAUAGAAAAUUCAAGAAUCCAGAUUUCAAAGGAUUUCCUAAGAAGCUUGAAAUUCUCAAGAAAACAGUUAUUCCUAUUGAACAUGAAGAAGAAGACUUUAAAGAUCAGAAACAAAUGGAGUUAGAAUAA